UCCAUUGGUGAAUUAUUGCAUUACAAGGAAUCUCUCCGCUCAACGGUGCGCGACGGCGAUUAGUUCAAAUAAAAUUUAAUGCUGACAUUUGAUUAAAGCGAGCAGAUUUCGGUUAAGAUGAUGGAGUAUAUGGAGGAUAAGUUUGCGUUGAAAAGCCAAUCGAUUAAGGCCAGCGAUUACUACAUGGACCAAGUCAUGGAGACCCUGGACAGCGCGCAGUACUUUACCAAGUCUUCCCCGAAAUGUGUGCAGGGAUUCGGGCUUCAGAGCGGCGAACACCGCUCCUCUCCCUGCGGAGAACAAAACGCCAAUUACGGUGUGCCCAAACCUGACGACGACGCGUUGCACUCGGAGCUCGGGAGGUCGAUGGACAGUUGUUGCACUCUGCGGGCUUCUCCGGUCACAAGCGGACAGGAGAAAACGGAUUUGGACGACAUGGGAGACAAGUGCGACAGUAACGUGUCCAGCAGCAAGAAGAGGAGACACCGGACGACUUUUACCAGCGCGCAGCUGGAGGAGCUGGAGAAAGUCUUUCAGAAAACUCACUAUCCAGAUGUUUAUGUGAGGGAACAGCUGGCCAUGAGGACAGAAUUAACAGAGGCCAGAGUGCAGGUGUGGUUUCAGAAUAGAAGAGCGAAAUGGAGGAAAAGAGAACGCUACGGGCAGAUCCAACAAGCCAAAACUCACUUUGCAGCCACCUACGAUUUAUCAGUGUUACCGAGGACCGACAGCUACACACAGAUUCCCAACAACCUUUGGCCGAGCCCUGCUCCCGGUGGCUCUGUGGUUUCCUCCUGCAUGCUGCCCCGAGGCUCCCCCCCCUGCGUCACUUCCUACUCGCACUCCCCUCGCUCGGCUGCCGGUGCUGCCGAGCACGGCUACAUGGGCUUUCCCAAUCAGCAGAACCAGUUCGGCCAUGUCUCCCUCAACAACUUCUUCAGUGCAGAUUCCCUCCUCACGCCGGCCACCAACGGUCACCACGCCUUCGAGACCAAGCCCGAGUUUGAGAGGCGUUCGUCCAGCAUAGCUGUGCUGCGAAUGAAGGCCAAGGAGCACACGGCCAACAUCUCGUGGGCCAUGUAAUCAGGGUUCCUGUGCGUGUCUGGAAAGAUUGGAUCGUGUAUGGGAUUUUUUUUUUUUAAUUUUCUGUGUAAGUGUAACAAUUGCCCAACGAGUCUGAAAUCUUAUUCAAAACCAGCUGCUUGUCACUCACAGUACAGAUCUAACAACAUAUCUUUUGUCACCUACAGAUUAGAUGUCACUAUUUUUUGUUGUCAUAAAGCUAGCCAUAGAGCUAGAUCAUACAGUCCUGCUAUUUAGUUCUGCAUCUCUGACCAACAUUUAUCUACUGAGUCAAGAAAAUCAGGUCUGGAUAAAGUACGUGAAUUGAAAAUGUAUCAGGAUUUGUGGU